AUGCGCAGCAAAGUACCAGUAGGCAAGUCCUCACCUCGUCCUCACGUGCAGGUGAAUAACUACGGGCGAAUUAACUCGCCCGUCGAUGACAUCCGUGUAGCCAUGGCGAAGAAUGCGAGCAAGGCGGGAAGUCCUACCGCCGCCUCCGGUGCGAGUUGUGACGGGGACAAUGGAGACGAAGCGAACGCCGACGACGCCGAGGAGGAUUGGCCAAAGAACGGCCACAACGACAGCGCUUCGGGCGACGAAUUAGGUCCUGCCAACAUCGAGGAGGACGUCUGGUGGAAUCGGCCGGUCGGGAGCGACGACGAGGUGGAAGAGUGGCGGGCUGGUGAUUCCGACAACGACGGAGGUGAAAAUGCGCAUGGUGACAACGCAGAGGCAGCGGCGGAUGCACAGGAAGCGGCGGUGGAUGCGAAUGAGGAGGCUGACGACGAGGCGGGGGCGGAACUUGAGACAGUUGCGCCUGCGGAUGUGGAUGCUGUGGCGGAGUCGGACAAGGUUGCUGCGGAUGCCAUCUUAUUUGACGAGGAAGGCGGCGACGACGACCCAUGGAGCCUUGGGCCUGACGACGACGUUUUGCUACUGAAGCGGAGGCUGCCCCAUUGCCUACAGUCCAAGUCGAAGCGGGCCCGCGUGGUGCUCUCUGAUGACGACGGUCCAGGGGAGGAGCGUCGCCCGAUACUCACCGCUGCGGAGAAGGGGAAAGCCAAGGUUGCGGAAGCCCCUGCUAAGGCCCCUACUAAGGCCCCUGCUCGUCGCCGCACAAGCAACAAGAAGCAGACAUCCGAUGGAGACCCGGUAUCCAGCAAGGGUGCGGCUAAGAAGAAGGCGAAGAAGGCGCCGAAUCCUGACGACAUCGUCGUGAACGAGAAGCUGGGCAGCGACGAUGAGUACGCGGCAGCGGGAGGCCCGAUUCCCACGUUCCCUGAGAAGGUCACGCCGAAGGACCCCACCCUCCAUAAUCCCAACACCCGACCACCUUCCCCUCGCAGCAAAGACACUAUGAAGAAGCGCCGAAGUUGGACCGUGCGUGAGAAGCUUAAGUGGGCGCGCCGCUAUCAAGAGCUCGGCUCCUUGAAGAAGACGAGCGUGGAGUCAACCGCGUCUAUCGCCUGCAUCAGACGCUGGUGUGUGGAGGCGGAAGCGGGAAUCGUGGUCCAAGCACAGGACAACAGGUGGAUGGACGAGAGCAUUGUGCAGACCUGGCUGUCCAAGGAGGUGCUGCCCCAUCUGAACCCCCAGCGCGGCCUGAACGCAAGGCGGGCGAUGCUGGUGUUGGACUCCUACCACGGUCACAUCACCCAGACCAUGCUUCAGUCGUACCGCACACAGAGCAUCACCCCUGCAGUCAUCCCCGCGGGUUGUACGAGCCAGAUUCAACCCCUGGACAUCUCCAUCAACCGGUGCUUCAAGGCUGCUGUGCGAGUGCGCUACGCCAGGUGGUUCAUGCGGAACCUACAAAGGCCUCCGCACCCUGUGGUGCUGCAGUGGAUCGCGGAGGCUUGGGAUCAAGUCCCCAAGCAGAUCAUCAUCGACGCGUUCCGCCACUGUGGGAUCUCAAGCAAGCUGGACGGAACGGAGAACCACCUGGUGAUGUCUCACCUGCGCGCCAGGAGCACCACCGAUGUCUCCGCGGACAUGUCCCUCGGGGGGACCACAGGCGACACACGCUUGUCUGUCGAGAAAGUUGAAGUUCUUGCACUGAGUGCGGCUUCAACCAAACAGGUUCCAUCGCCUCUACAGUAA